GCAGCUAGGAGGAAACUUUCCAGAGUGAGAAAUAAGUUCUCAUGGAUCCCGAGAUAUCCAUCCUGUACUGCAGCCCCUCCCCUCAGGGCAUCCCCCAACAAAAAGUGCACGUCCAGCUUUCACCACUUUACCAGCGGCGUCGACUUCCACCCCCAAUGGAAGAGCAGAUUCUUGUGGAUUGGGAAGAACGCCAGCGCAAACAGCCAUGGGUUUUUAAUGGAGCAAAAUUCAGGCUUCAUUCCAUCCAGCCCGAAGAAAAUUCAGCAACUAAAGAACAAGAAAAGAGAGAGCAGAAAAAAGAAACCCAAAAAGUUGAAAGCAGACCAAUAGAUGGGGAUGAAGGGCAGAAAUGUGGAGGAAGUGACCCUAAUCUCAGCGCAGGGGGGGGGCUUACCCUACACUUGGCACUUACAUGUUACAGAGACUUUUUGGGCACCAACUGGUCAGGUGAGGCAGGGGCACUACAAGAACGGGGAGGACGAGAGUAUGGGGACACCCAAGCUUAUUUGGCACAGCCGCUUGGCGUAGGCGCUGCUCUACAAUGUAAAGACGAUCGGUUUGUGCUACUGAAGAGGAGCUUCAGGGUAGGAGAAGCACCUGGUCAGCUGGAUGUUCCAGGAGGACAUCCUGAGCCCAAGGCUGUUGCUCCCAAUGUUCCUGAGGAAGAACUGAGCUUGGAAGUUUUAGAGCCAGAACUGGUUAUCACAGAGCUUUUCUCAUCUAUCCUGGCUGAAAUACGGGACGAGGUUAAUUUACCUUUGUCUACAUUAAGUGAACCUCUUCUACUUGGCAUUGCUCGUAACCAUACAAGUGCAGGGCGACCAAGUGCAGAAUUCUAUGUAAGGUGCAGUCUGACCUCAGAAGAGGUGAAGAAUAGGUACUUACAGGGAGGACCAGAGGCGCAGGAAUCUACCGAUAUUAUUUUUCUAGACAGAGAGGAUCUGCUGACCAUUGAAAGCUCAGAAAUGUGGAAGGAGCUGUGUCCUUCAGCGAAGGGUUGUAUGAAACUUUAUCUCUUAGUACGAGAGCAACAAUCCUGAGGUGAAUUGGAGACAACAUAAGAAGUUUGAAGUAGAGAAGAACUAAUCAUUUUACU